AUGGAGUCUCACGGAGCCGGACUCCGCCGCGUUCUGCUCCUGUCCGUUUGUGUCGCUGGCAUUUGGUCCGCUUACAUUUACCAAGGCGUCCUCCAAGAGACAGUGUCGACUAAGAGAUUUGGUGCUGACAAGAAGAGGUUCGAGCACUUGGCAUUCUUGAAUCUAGCGCAAAACGUAUUCUGUUUGAUUUGGUCAUUUAUAAUGAUAAAGAUUUGGACAAAUGGUGGAAAUGGUGCUCCUUGGUGGAGUUAUUGGAGUGCCGGUAUCACAAACACGAUUGGCCCUGCUAUGGGGAUUGAAGCAUUGAAGUACAUUAGUUACCCUGCUCAGGUGCUGGCAAAAUCCUCAAAAAUGAUUCCAGUUAUGCUGAUGGGUACACUAGUUUAUGGAAUUAGAUAUACCUUUCCAGAGUAUCUCUGUACAUUACUUGUUGCUGGAGGGGUAUCCAUGUUCGCACUUUCAAAGACUAGCUCGAAGACGAUAAGCAAACUAGCACACCCCAAUGCUCCACUUGGAUAUGGGCUUUGUUUUCUGAACCUUGCUUUUGACGGAUUCACCAAUGCCACUCAGGAUUCAAUUACAGCCAGGUAA